AUGACAGACCCGAUCAAGAUCCAGGCCCGGAAACCCCCACCACGGCUCAGUUUUGCGAGAUCGAACUCUCCCGCAAGAGCGGACUCUCCCGACUUCGCAAAGCGCGAUACUAUAGAGCGGCUGCACAAAGUCAAGGUCGACUCCGCGAAAUUAAACUCUCUCGAAAGAACCGAAUGCAUCGGGCAAUUGGACGCUCUGGCGCCAAUCAACUUCGCCAAGGUCCAUACUGUAGAACACAACGUCAAGGUCCGUGAAUUUGGUGACGUGGCCGCAGAAUACGAGGAUAAGCUAUGGGCCCAAUUUCGUGCGCAAUUCUCUUCCUCUACGACGUCUCAAAACACUAUUCACCACGACUAUAACGCUGAGAAAGAAGAUCCGUACAGGUCCACCGCGCUACUGGGAAGAGAGUCCUUUGGUUUCGUAGACCAGGUCGAAGCCCGCCUGCGUAACCAAGCGGUCUACGCACACAAGUUAUUCCGACUACCAACUGUCUUCCCCAAAAGAGAAAAGUUGAUUGAAGAAAUCAAGGAAGAAGCCCGGAUUACACACCGCCUGCGGCAUCAUCACAUUGUGACGGUCUUUGAAACGUACCAAUGGCGACAGCAUUUCGGGAUCAUAAUGCGCCCGGUUGCCCAGUCAGAUCUAGCGGCACUUCUCGACGAGAUCGAAAACGAGAAGACAGCCGACGCCAAGAGAGCUGAUUUACUCCAGAGAAUACCUGGCUGGUGUGGUUGCCCCAUCCAAGCAAUGGUUUAUGUGCAUCAAAAGCGAGUGAGACAUAAAGAUAUCAAACCGUCGAACAUUAUGAUCAAGGACGGGGUCUUGUUUCUCACGGACUUUGGGCUUGCAGAAGACAUGGCGGAGAAAGGGUCGUCCGGGACUGAAGGUUCUAUCGGAUUACAUACAGCGAGAUAUUGCGCUCCUGAAGUUGUACAAGACGCCGCAAGACGCGGUCGUUCUGCCGACAUAUUCUCCUUAGACUGCGUUUUCCUGGAACUAGCAACUGUGUCUAUUUGCUCAGCGGGUGGAAGAGCACGCCUGUGGGACUAUCGACUCGACCAAUCAGACUCUUUUGUGCCAUCCACGGCAUACUCCAGCUGCUCGAAACGGAUCGCUCACUGGAUACUUUAUCUCUGGGCUAACAGCAAUUCUAGUGGCUUUCACGUGAGAGCACCAGUGUCUGAGGCAUCCAUAUCUGAGCCAGAAGCCUCGCCGGAGGAAGAUUUUUCUUCUUACCUACCCAAGAGUCAAAGGCGAUCCAAGAAGAUACAUACUGCUGCACAAGCCGGAUCUCUUAUCGCUGAUCUUGCAUUCUUCAUGAUGGACCCCGAGCCCUCAGAAAGAAUGACAGCGGACCAACUCUCGUUGCUACUCAGGAACUCGGCGUGGGACUAUAGUUCACGCGUUCAGGCUGGUGCAUGUGAGACAUGUCAAAAAGCAAUGACAUGGAGUGCAAUACGCUUCCUGUAUUCAAACCCAAAGAAAUCAUCGUGGAAGAACGGUAUCUUGAAAAACCGGAGGAGAUACUGCGCGAGAGUAUUAUCAAAGACUGGAGCACCGCAAAGAGGGCUUGGUUUCAGCUAG